AUGUCUUCUACUGAUUUGGCUAUUCCAAAGGGCUCCCUUGUCGUCGUGACGGGAGCUAAUGGGUUUAUCGCCAGCCAUGUGGUCGAUCAGCUACUUCAACAAGGGUACAAUGUCCGGGGCACUGUGAGAAACGCCACGAAAAACUCGUGGUUGAAUGGCUACUUCGGUGCUAAGUAUGGCCCGGGACGAUUCUCUCUCGCUGAGGUUCCCGAUAUGUCCCAUGACGGUGCAUUCGACGAGGUCGUCAAGGGCGCGGCCGGUAUAGCCCAUGUGGCAACACCGGUGAUGCAGUUUUACGACCCCAAUAUCUCGGCCAGUGCUGCUCUUAUUGAAUUGUGGGUCGUCAACUGA